UCUCCUCUUCACCCCCUCUUACCACGAAUUGAAAUUCAAGUUGAUAUAGUUCGCUGGUGUACUGUGGAAGAAAGUUACUUUUAUCCGGUGAAUAAUUUCCUCCAAAAUACAUAAGAGACUGCGUCAUUUACAAUUAUUUUCUUACGUUAUUGCAAACUUUGUAGUCAUGGAUAAGGGUACACAGCUAGUGUAUAGUGAAGAUAGGAUGUUCAAGUUACCAAGACAGUAUCAUGUCACUGUACGACUUGCGCUUGAUUCAGAAUGUUCUGCCAACGUGUGUCAGUGAAGUGUAUUUAGAUUUUUGAAAUAACGUCUUCAUUACCUCUCGUACGAUGACUGUGAAACCGAUAUAUUUCAACCGCACUAGAUCGAACCAAAACUAACCAUGGAUAAGAUUUGUUGUACGAUGCUAAGGUGAAAUAAACUCGUAACGAGUAGCACACACUGCGCUCAGCGAUCAUGAAAUUCAAAUUGGGGUUCUUAACCACACCCACUUACCGCGUGGACCCCCGCGCCCCCAGCCUCCUCCGCAUGGACACGCCCCCGCUCACGCCGAAAAACGACCACGGAGCCAAACUCGCCAGCCACCUAUGGAGUGAAACCGGCCCGGCGGCCGAGGCCAGCGCGCCCAAGUGUCCCAACAAAAGUGACUCCGGGAAACUCGGGCUCUGGGUGAGCAGCAAGUGCGACGGCGCGGGGCGGAUCUGGGCGAAGGACCUGCACAACGGAAAGAGCAACAGCUACGACCUGCGCAGCGCCGCCUCGCAGGGCACAGGCCGGCUUGGCGGAGGGAGCCGCGACAGCACGACGCUAGUGAGCUACAAGCCUCUUCUUGAGUGUGAUUACCCCCAGCAGGAGGAGUCGGGGGGCAAAGGGAGGGAGACGCCGCCCAGGAUACGAGCCUUCAGUACCAGCUCGUCUUCUUCAGCAAGCACAAAUAGCAGUAGCAAUAGCAGUAGCGUUAGUAGCAGCUCGAGGACCAGAUUCGACUGUUCAGGUCCCUCGAGUCUAGAAGAUCCCGCUCUCCUCAUUAGUCCUCGGAGGGCUGGCGGCUAUGACGCGAGAGCAAAUAGUCUGAGUAACAAAAUAAAUGCCUACAACAGGACAAACAGCCUGAACAGCCGGACCAGCAGUCUGAACAGCAACGCCAGCUGGGGCAGCAAGACGAGCAGCAGCAGUUCCUCCAGCAACGACAGCAGCGUCCGCGGCGAGCGCAACAUUUUCAGCCGAGGAAACAUCUUCAGCAACAGCUUCACCUUCGGCAACGGCGGCAAGAGGACCCCCCCGGCCCCCUCCGCCCCCACUCCCCCCUCCGGCGCCGGCCCCUCCGCAAGCACCGCCGGUCACUCGGCAACAGAUGACACCGGAGCAAGGGUGGCGGCGGAGGACCGAGGGGUGUCGGAUAUCAACGUGGUGGUGCUGGGGGACAAGGGCGUCGGCAAAUCAGCUGUUACGGUGCGCUACCUAACUCGACGGUACAUCGGGGAGUAUAGCUCUUCGAACGACCUGAUGUACCAACACAACACGACCGUGGAUCAGACCCUUACUCAGCUCCAACUCCUGGAUGCCGCUGCCACCCAGUCUUCACACACGCUGACCCAGCACCGGCGAUGGGCAGACGCCUUCGUCGUGGUUUAUGACGUCACCAACAGAACCUCCUUUAGCCACGCCCGCGGCCUCCUAACCGCCUUGCACGCCCCUUCCGACGCCCGUCCUCACUCCAGGAGUCAUCAGCCGAAUUACGUCGAAAAAUAUUUCAAGCGUGACACCUAUGCUGAUGACGCCAGCAGCCAGACGCCUUCCCACGACACGGGCUCCAUUUCACGUCGAUGCUCCAGUCCACAAUCCUUCAGUCCUUCGCAGUGUUCCAGCCUCUCCCUGUGCUCCAGACCUCAUCAUUGUUCCAGCUCUUCCCAGUGUUCAAGACUCUCGCAGUGUUCGAGUCGUUCCCAGAGUUCAACUCCCUCGCGGUGUUCAAGUCCCCAUAGGUGCUCGAGUUCCUGUCGGUGUUCCAGUCCCCUGGCGUGUUCCCUCGCCCCCCACUGUUCUAGUCCUUCUCAUUCUGACCAUCCCGGUCGAGAGUCUCCCACUGCCAACCAGCCUUCGUCGCCGCCUUGCAUCAAGCAGCUCUUCACCCCCCCCUUUUCCCGGGGCCUCGAACGGAACUCCUUUGCGCGAGAACCGCAGGACAAUAAACAAUACGUCGACCAAAGCCAAAUUUCCGCCUGCGACGAGGACCCGACUGACGGCGGCUCGAUUUCUCAGAAUCAAGUUCAGCUCCAAUACCAGUACCGCCAUUCUUAUAAAAUUGAUUCUCAAAUGUGCGUUAAUGCCGACUGCAUCUGCGAUCAAAAUGACAACUGUAAACAAAAUUGUGACACAACGGCAAUUAGGUGUGAAUCAGGCCACAUCAGAGAGAAGCAAGUCCAUGAUCUGAACAAUACCCAAGGAAUGGAGACUCCUCCCUGUACUGGUGCGCCUUUCACAGUUAAGGCUUUGUUAACAGACCGCGACGUCUAUAAUCCAGACCACCCUGACCCGUGCACUCCCUCUGCUUGCAUCCGGGACAGGGAACAGUGUUGCUCCUGCGACCCAGGAGCCCCAGCGCACCUCCAGACACAAUCCUCGCUCCAGCUACUUGAUGAGACGCGUCUUAGGAGCUACACGCCAGACCUGGUCCAGGGAAUUAAUCCAGACCUCCUUGAACAUUCUCCAGAUGCCAUGGAUCAGUGUUCAUCACCAGACCAAACCCGAUGCGGGGGGAACACGACCCCUCAGCUUUGCCUUAGCAGUCACGCACCUCAGGCUGAAAGUCUCGACUGCUACGAAACGGGCAGAAACGCCUGCCAGAACGCCGGAAGUUUACGCCCGCCGCCACAGAACCCCGGGGACUCAUGCGUGUCCAGCAACAGCCUGGACUCCUGCCAGCUCGUGACCAGCGGCUCAGAACAUAACUCAAUCACCCCCGCUCUUGCACACGACUACAGGAUCGCCCCCGAGCCUGACGACCACCUCUACCAGACGGUGCAGCGCCUCGAGGCCAGCGCGGGGACCCCUCCGCGCACCCCAGCCUUCACCACGCUCCUGCUCGCCAACAAGAGGGACCUCGAGCACUGCCGGUGUGUGCAAACAGACGAGGGUGAGGCGCUCUCCCUGGAGUUCGGGUGUCAGUUCCAUGAGGUAUCUGCUGCGGAGUCUCUGGCCGGCGUCCACCUGGCUUUCCAGUCGCUGUUGAAGGAGACGCUGGCGCGCAUGAUCAUCAAGGGAUUGCCGAAGGGCCGUCUCUCCAGCCCGGUCGAGGACACCACCGCGGUGUCCGCUGUGUCCAGAGUCAUCGGCAACAUACUCAGCAGGGCGGGUAGGGGGAUCCGCAAGAAGCGGCCCUCACACAGCAUAUGAUUUCGACUUGGAUUCUCUAGGGUCCCGUGUCCUCCUGCUGUGUUCAUUCAUUGUGAUAAAUCUCUUUAGUUUUGUUAAUAUAUGCUUGCCACGUCUACUGCGUACGUUCGCUUCGAUAAAGUUACGGUACAGUCACAACAUAGCCUUCAAGGUGCCAGAACCGUGAACAUGAAAUAGGUAACACUGAGGAAAAGUACUUUGUUUUGACGACAAUUGAAAUAAAAACAUCAGAGGAAGAAUAUGAUGAGUAUAAUACCAUAUUAGAGACAUUUAUUUCCAGAAAUCUCAUGACUCAAGGCAACUUUCUGUUCUGCAAAAAAAAUGUUUAUUAAGGUUUAUUUCCUAUAUUCUUAUGAAUGUCAAAGCAGAUACAAACUGAUUAAAACCAAACUUAAUUCUGAAUUAGGAUAAGUCUUCACAAAAUACCUGUUCAAAAAGCUGGGUUACCUGAGAUAAAUGGUGCAUAGAUUAGACUAGUGCAGAUUAGGUUGGCCUUCGAAACCAGGGCCAGUCCGAUUGCGGCGCUAGAAUAGUUUCCCGGAAGCAAGGUGGAGUAGGGCUUGGAAUAGAUGGAAAUGAAUAAAGGUCGACUUCUGGUA